GUUUCCGGUUCCCGGCGCGCGCCUCUCCGGUGCCGCGCGGCUGGCGGGACGGGCGGCGCCAUGGCGGGAAUCAAAGCGCUGAUCAGCCUGUCCUUUGGGGGAGCGGUCGGACUGAUGUUCUUGAUGCUCGGAUGCGCCCUGCCCCAAUACAACCAGUACUGGCCACUGUUUGUUCUGUUUUUUUACAUCCUUUCUCCUAUCCCGUACUGCAUAGCAAGAAGAUUGGUAGAUGACACAGAUGCUACAAGUAAUGCCUGCAAGGAGCUGGCCAUAUUCCUUACAACAGGCAUUGUGGUCUCAGCAUUUGGGCUGCCCAUAGUGUUUGCAAGAGCAGAACUGAUUUACUGGGGCGCGUGUGCCCUCGUUCUCACGGGGAAUACAGUCAUCUUUGCCACCAUCCUAGGAUUCUUCUUGGUCUUUGGCAGCAAUGACGACUUCAGCUGGCAGCAGUGGUGAAAGGAAGACCAGAGAACUAUCCACAGGCAUCUUGUCAUGCAGUGGCCAUCCAUACAAAUGAGAGAAUGGGCAAUAAAGAGAAGUAGCAUAGCAAGCCUCUUGAGUAUUCUAGAUGCUCCUUUUGACGUUGUUCGUUCUGAGUGUACUACUGUUGCUGACAGGGUUUCUACGUUUUUAUGAAGUGGAGAGAUGAUUGAUUUCAUUUUUACCUAUGGUAUGUUUUUAGGUGCUCUCUUGGUUUAAAAUUGUCAUCCUUCUGUCCAAUGUUUUAUGUGAAGCUUUAAACCAGGAACAACAUUUAAACAUAGUUUAGGAGAUUUAAAGUUGGGGGGUUUUUGUGGGGUUUUUCUUUGUUGGUGGGUUUUUGUUUUUUUUUUUUUUUGUUUUUUUAAGUUAUGAAUUAAUACUGUGUUUCAUUUCUUUUUUAAAUGCCAGGAUUAAAUUAUAUACAAGCUGAAUGGAAGUAAGAGAUUGUCCACCACCAUUGCCAAUUACCAGAUCAAUAGAUUGUUGCUAUAUUUUAGCAGAGGCAAGGUGGGUUGGAGAGUACCGGUUGCAGAUUUUCUUCUGCCCAUACCUCAGACUGGGUGAUGAAUGUUGAUAGCCUUCAUUUCAGGAGAAGGCUGAGGAGCAGGUAGAGUUAUUUGGGAGAGAAGUCCUAAAUUUUAACACCACUAGCUCUUUUACCUGCUUUGUUAUCAGUUCUGUGGAUGUGACAUUCAAAUACUCUGUAAAUGUACUGAUGCUGACGUACAAAACUGAAGUGUAUUGUAGGGGAAGAGAAAAUUAUGUUUAAAUUCCAUUUUUUUAAAAAAAAGUAUCUUUUGAACUCUUUCUAUUUAUAAGCAUUGUAUGGAUUUGAACUUUUAUGUCAACUUUUUACCACAAAAAUGGUAAAAUGUUCAUUUAUGGAACUACUGGUCUGUGUUAAUUUGAAGCAUAUACAAAGCUAUUUGCUCCUCUCCCUUUUUAAUUUAUUUUAUACAUAGCAUAUAUAUAUAUAUAAAUAUAUAAUAAACCAGCUUUUAAAAUGUAGAUUAAAACUGUGUUAAACUUGCCUGAGUUUUCCUCCCCUCCUCCCUUUUUUUUUCUUUCUUUUUCCCCCCUCAAUGCAGCUGAGGCACGUCUUUUUUGGAAGUCACUGGCUGAACUGAUUUCACUGACUGUUUUUAAGUUCUUAUGCACUGUUGGUUAAUAAGAUUUACUGUUAUGUCUGUAACUGUAGCUUGUGUUCUGUAAGAUUGCACAUGUAGCUUCAAGUAUUUAAGACAAGUUUUCUGCAUACCUCUCAAUUGUCCAGAUGUUUCGUUUGAGGAAACCUGCCAUUGCACAUUCCAUCACAGCACAGUUGAUGAGCACCACUUAACCAGGUUUGCCUGUACAUGUGCAGUGAUGACCUUGACCAAACUUAUUUCUAAACUGUAUUUUUCAAUUCUUUAAAAAUAAGUCUAUGAAACUUAACUAUGUGUAAUUAAAAGCUUAGGUUUUGCUCAGCAGUAUGAAAAGGCAGAGAACUGCAGGUCUUGGCUGUAGUGUUUGUGCACAGAUGCAAACCAAGUAGGAAGUUUGCAUACAUAUAUAUAUAUAUGUGUUCAUAAAUAUAU